AUGAGUCUGGAGGAGGUCAAUGGUCACUCAGGGGCUGGUUAUGUUCCACAGACGAAACUUAAACCUACACCAGAAGCUCGGGAACCGCCAAAAAGAGGAGUUGUUGCAAAAGAUACAGGCAAGCCUGGAGACGAAGAAGAUGACGAUCUGAAAGCGGCGAUUGCAGCAUCACUUGCCGAUAUGGAAGAACAGAAGAAAAAGCAUACAGCUACUAUUAAGGAGCAGUCCUCUACUGCUGGCUUGAGUAACUCUUCUGCAGGUUCUCUCGUUCCGCCAAAAAACGAUUACGAACUUACCCCUGUCGAGGCAGAAAACAUCAAUCUGUUCUCCACCCUGGUAGAUAGACUACAGACCCAGCCACCAGGAACAAUUCUACGAGAGCCGCAGAUCCAGGAGCUUUAUGAUAGCAUUGGUACUCUUCGCCCAAAGUUGGCACGUACCUAUGGUGAAACAAUGAGCAAACAUGAUGCUUUACUAGAUUUACAUGCGAAACUUUCCACGGUUGUACGGUAUUACGAUCGUAUGCUUGAGGAACGCUUAUCGAAUACGUAUAAUCAACACAGUAUUGGAGGCUAUAAUCUUCCGCAGCAAGGUGCUGCGUCCAACAUGUAUCCUUCCAUUCCUUCUAAUGUACCCAAUGGAAGUGGGGGCGCGGAAAGUUUUUAUACGAGUAGUUCUCAAAGAGAACCUUAUGCUCAUCCCCAGUCGACAUAUUCCUAUCCUCCUGGUCAACAUGGUCAAAAGCAACACCCUGCAUACAACAAAAGAGCAUCUGUCUCUGAUGUUAACUAUCCUCCGCUAGACCAGCGAACUGAGAAUUUCGCGCAGCAACAAGGCCACCAAAUUCAACGUCAACAUACUGGCAACUGGCAGGACAGUGAUCUUGCCCCUCAAUAUCCAGCUCACUCUACCCCUUAUUCGCCACAGCAGCAACACCAGCCACCUAUCCAAGCUCAAGCACCAACAGGUGUUCCUUCUCAACCUCCAAACAAUUUUGUUCCACUGGAGCUGAUUAACAAUACUUCGGCUAACCCCAAUACAACGCCGUAUUAUGGUACUACUGUUUCCCAACAACCUCAAUCAGUACCAGAGCAGUCAAGCUCUCAGUAUCCGGCCCAAUCACCCCCUCAUUAUCCGCACGCACCGUCACCUCAACAGUUUACCCACCAACCAUCAAACCCACAAGAACCAUCGUAUCCUUCCUCUCAACAGCAACCCUCGUACUGGCAAACGCAACAACAAGCUCCAACACCUCAACAAUCAUGGCCCACGCCCGUCUCAAAUUACACUGGGUACUCUCAAGAAUCAUUCCCGUCUGCCCCACAACAUGUCCCUCAAGCAAAAGUAGUGGAAGAGAGUCUCAUAGAUCUUUGA